ACUUCUAUCCUCCAAACUUAGCAUCAUAUACUGCAAAAUACGGUUCAAUCUUGACAAUUAAACUGGUCUUGUACAGUGAUGGAAAUGGAGAACAUUUAUUCCAACAUCGAGCACAGCUACUGCAACAGACCAGCAGCAGAUCAGGACAGAGAUGAAGACAUGAACGUUAACGAGAAAACACUUCCUGUGGAGCUCAUGAACAGCAGCACCAAAGCCACAAAUCAGAAUUACAGAAGGAGAUGUCCCACGUUGAGCGCCAUGUGUUUUGGACUCGCAUGCGUUUUCCUUGUGGUCACCGUUCUUGUGCUGCAAAUCCAGAUCAGUGCGGAGAGAAACGUGAAUUUGAGUUGCAAGAACAUGCUCGUGGAGUUUAAUGAGACAAUAAACCACAUACAGGCCAAUUACAGUCAACGAACUACUGAGAAAGAUCGGCUCCAGCACAGAUUCAACUCUAUAGAGGCCGAACUGAGGAAGAGGAAUUCCGAGAGAGGAUACCACUUUAGCGAUGAGAGGAAGAGCUGGUCUGAGAGCAGACAGGUCUGCAUGGAUCGUGGUGGAGAUCUGGUUGUUAUCAAUAACGUUGAGGAGCAGAGGUUCUUAUCUUCAGUCAUUAAGGAGAACACGUGGAUUGGUUUGUCUGAUAUCAAGAUGGAAGGCUUCAUGAAAUGGGUGGAUAAUUCGCCACUUAAUGUAAUGUUUUGGAUCUCUGGUGAACCAAAUAACGCACAUGGAAAUGAGGACUGUGUUCAGAUUGUGUCUUUAUAUUCACCUGACCAAAGCUGGAAUGAUCAACCCUGCACAGAGGAGAGACGAUGGAUUUGUGAGAAUUAGAUCAUUUCUGCAUUCUUAUUCUUCAGACUAACUGUUCAAAGUUGAGCGUGAGAGACCGGGGCUAGUUGUCACAACACUCAAAAAUGAAGGUGCUUAAAAGGUUCUUCACAGCGAUGCCACAAAGAACCACUGAGCCAAAAGUUCUUUGAAGAACCAUCUCGUUGAUACUUAUUUGUAAUCUGAAGCACCUUUUUUCACCACAAAGAACCUUUCGUGAAACAGAAAGCCAAGCUUCUUCAGUUGUUAAAGGUUCUUUAUGGAACCAAAAGGUUCUUCUAAGGCAUCCUUUUGAAGCACUUUUUUAAGAGUGAAGAGAUCGCUAACUAUUAAGGUUCAAACUCUUUAAGCGCUCAUGAAAUGAUUUAGUCAUA